GAACAAGUCAACAAUAAAGUAUAAGCAAAAGAGUCAACUUGAAAAGAUGGAGAGCCCUCACGAGCAUCAACAGAACCUGCUCCUCUCGCGUAUCAUCACCAAUGUUGAGAAACUCAACGAAGCAAUCGUCGUUAUGAACAAAAGUCUUCAGGAAAUCAACGUUCAGAACAUGAAUAUCGAGCUUGUAGCCCAGAUGUUCAAGAAUUAUCAAUCCAACGUGCUCUUCCACUUAGAAGCCACCGACAACUUGAAAGAGCCCAUAUAAGUUAGCUCAAUACCGAGGGAGAAUUUGGGUAUACAAACUCUUCGACAAUUAGGAGACAGUCCUAGGUGUUCUGUACGAAACUCGAGACAGCUAUAAUAAGCCUCGGUCUAGUAGACACUCGACCUUAAGUCUAUAGGAACUCAUGAAGUUUAGGAGUUUCUGUCUAUAGUUAAUGCUUUUGCAGUAGAUCCUCGAUGAUUCCCGAAUAAUAAGAAUCAACCAAUCAAGCAC